AUGACUCUCAAGGACUUGAAAUUGAAAUUCCAAAAGAAGCAAAGUUCUUCGACCUCAUCAUCCGUUGGUGAGUUGAUCAAGGAGACUGCUUCGGACGAAGUCGAGGAAACUGAAGUCACUCUAACGGAAGAAGAUGAAGCCUUUUACGGCUACAACACUUUCGACGAUGUUCCCAGUACACCAACCGUGACCCCCAAGGACAGUGUCGACAAAUACGGGUACAAUACACCCACCACCAGUACCUUCGAGGACAGCGACAACAAAUAUGGAUACAACACAUACGAAGAAGGCGUUCCCCCGCCCCCCUGUACACCUAACACACCAAAGAUGUCUCGCCGUUCUUCCCUCAAGGGAAGCAGUCCUACUCCGAGACAAUUCCGUCGUCAUUCUUUGACCUUUUCUAGUAACGUGGUGGUGGCCACCAUUAUUCCCACACCCGAACUGGCCAAGAAAAAGUCCCUUUGGUUCGAGGACAAGGAUUAUGAAAAGAUGCACAAGAAGAUUCACUUGAUUGCCGAACGCGCCCAGGAAGGUGAGGGCCACAAGUAUUGUACCCGAGGAUUGGAGAAUAUCAUUCGAGGAGGUUCUCAGAUUCGAAAGUAUGCCGCUUGGGAUGCGGUUCUGGACGAGCAAGAAUAUCAAAUCCAGUCGGGUGCCGAGUUCUACGAUGAGGACGCCCUAUCACGAUCGUACCGAGUGGUAUGCGAGGAGAGCCGUGCCCAAGCAGCUAUGCGAGCUUUGCAAGAUCAAAAGGAGGCAGCCGAAUACCUCUCCGAGAAACCUCGACGCUCUCGCCGAAGUUCCAUCAUGUAA